AAGCAUUUCUAUGCCCAGCCGCUCUCUUCACCCUCCUUCCUGUUUUUCUCACCAGUCUCCCUCCACCAUGUCCAAGCUGCAGCUUCUCCUGCUCGCCGGCUUCAUCUGCUGGGCGAACGCCGGACUCUACUUCCAAGAAGGGCAGCCCUGCUACAAACCAGCAGCCAAAAGACACCCGGGGGUCCGGAAUUACCCGCGGCCCCACGAAUACCUCCCGGCCCGCAGCCUGCCCAAGGCGUGGGACUGGCGCAACGUGAACGGCACCAACUACGUCAGCACGACCCGCAAUCAGCACAUACCCCAGUACUGCGGCUCGUGCUGGGCCCACGGGAGCACCAGCGCCAUGGCAGACCGCAUUAACAUAAAGAAGAAGGGGGCGUGGCCUUCUGCCUACCUGUCCGUCCAAAACGUCAUCGACUGCGGAAACGCCGGAUCCUGCGAGGGGGGAGACCACGGUGGGGUCUGGGAGUACGCGCAUGAACACGGGAUCCCUGACGAGACCUGCAACAACUACCAGGCCAAGGAUCAGGAAUGCAACAAAUUCAACCAGUGCGGAACCUGCGUCACCUUCGGGAAAUGCUUCGUCCUGUCAAACUACACCCUCUGGAAGGUGGGAGACUUCGGAUCUGUCAGUGGAAGAGAGAAAAUGAUGGCGGAAAUCUACAAGAACGGCCCAAUCAGCUGCGGGAUUAUGGCCACAGAACAGCUGGAUGCAUAUAGCGGUGGCGUGUACUCUGAAUACCAACCCGAAGCGAUGGUGAAUCAUAUCGUGUCUGUGGCCGGCUGGGGCGUGGAUGACUCCGGCGUGGAAUACUGGAUCGUCCGAAACUCGUGGGGCGAGCCUUGGGGCGAAAGGGGCUGGCUGCGGAUUGUUACAAGCAAAUACAAAGGAGGAAAGGGAGCAGAUUAUAACCUUGCCCUUGAGGAGGACUGUGCUUAUGGAGACCCCAUUCUUCCAUGAACAAAACUUCUCUUAAGGAUCACCCCAGUGACCUUCGCACCUCGUUAACGAAGGUCGUCCUGGAAGAAAAAAUUACUCUAUACGGAUGACGCAAAUGUGAUUUCAAACUAAAACGCAGACAAACUUUAUCGCUCAGGAAACCGGAUCAGCGUUUACCUCUCGUUACAAAAUGCUUUCAGUACCAAAGGCGGUCCCAGCAUGAAAAAUACUCGCUGAUUUAACGCCUUGGGAAAUAUUUUUCGAUUAUGCUGUUUUUAGCACCAGGGUGGCAUUUUUUUUUUAAA